GCCCGCCUCGCCCCGGGCCGGCCGCGCGCCUGGAGGCCGGGAUGGCGGCCCCGCGGCCGUGCGCGGACGCGGCCUGCUGCUCCCGCGCCGCGGCGGGGCCCGGCGUGCAGCAGACGCUGGAGGAGAUGGACUUCGAGCGCGGCAUCUGGUCGGCAGCACUGAAUGGAGACCUGGGCCGAGUGAAGUAUUUUAUCCAGAAGGCCACGGACCCCAGCCAGCCUGACUCGGCUGGCUACACCGCCCUGCACUACGCCAGCCGCAACGGGCACUAUGCCGUCUGCCAGUUCCUGCUGGAAAGCGGAGCCAAGUGUGACGCCCAGACCCACGGCGGGGCCACAGCUCUGCACCGGGCCAGCUACUGCGGCCACACGGAGAUUGCACGCCUGCUGCUCUCACACGGGUCCGACCCCCAGCUGGUAGAUGGCGACGGCAUGACCAGUCUACACAAAGCUGCAGAGAGGGGCCACGUGGACAUUUGCUCUCUCCUGUUGCGACAUAGCCCAAGCCUGAAGGCCGUGCGGGACCGGAAAGCACGGCUGGCAUGUGACCUGCUGCCCUGCGACAGUGACUUAUGGGACCUGCUGGCCGGCUGAGCGCCUCCUUCCCCUCCAGCUGCCGUUGAAGGGCACACAGACUCUAUCUCCGUGCCCUGCACGGCUCAGCGCCCACACUGCAGGGUGGGGAGCAGAGCCCCGUGUGGCCGGAAAGCUUCCGGCUGGACAUGCGAUCCCCUCCUAAGUUCAUGUAGCACCAUCUAUCCAUUUAGAGAAAAAUAAAGCUAUAUUCUGACUGCA